AUGCACAUCUUGGUGGUGGCAGCGACCUUCUUGGUCCUCCAGAGGACCUCCUCUGCAGGAGCGGACCUGGGCCUGGAAGGAGCCUGGAAAGAAUGGAAGGCCGCCCACGGCAAAGAAUACCUGGAGGGGGAAGAGAACUUCCGUAGGACCAUCUGGGAAAAGAAUCUACGUCUGGUUCGGCAGCACAACUUGGAGGCAUCUCUAGGAAAACAUACCUAUCGGCUGGGGAUGAACCACUUUGGCGAUUUGACGAAUGAAGAGUACAACCAGAGGACGAACUGCUUCCGUCCGAGCCCGGCUGAACCGCCUGGUGGGAACGUGACUUUGUUCCGAGAAACACCUACGGUGGAAACUCCCAAGGAAGUGGAUUGGCGGAAAAAGGGCUAUGUCACCCGAGUCAAAGACCAGGGUGACUGUGGGUCGUGCUGGGCGUUCAGCGCCACCGGAGCUCUGGAAGGCCUGCAUUUCAAGACGACCAAACGUCUGGUCUCGCUAAGCGAACAAAACCUCAUUGACUGCUCUGGACAGUUCCCUGGAUGCAAGGGUGGAAUCGCCUCACGGGCCUUCUUGUAUGUGGCGAGCAAAGGCGGCAUCAACUCCGAGAAAAUUUACCCCUAUUUGUCAAAGGACAGUGGCCGCUGUCAUUAUGACCCCCAGAAACCAGCGGCCAAGUGUUCGUCCUUCAAGCAGGUCCUGAAGGGGGACGAGAGCGCCCUGGAGGAGGCUGUGGCCAAUAUGGGCCCUGUCUCCGUCGCCUUGGAUUCCAGGAGCAAAGAGUUCCAGCUCUAUAAGUCAGGGAUCUUCUCCAGCCCUUGGAGUGGCAAAGUGCUGAAACAUGCCAUGCUGGCGGUGGGCUAUGCCAAGUCCUCGGAAGGCGGGAAAGGAAGAGGCUAUUGGAUCCUGAAGAACAGUUGGUCGAAAAUGUGGGGCGAGAACGGUUACAUGCGGCUGUUGAAAGGAGCCAAUCACUGCGGUAUAGCUGACGGCGCGAGCUAUCCUGUCCUGGAAAAAGUCAAAGAGCCGUGA